GCUAGACCUCCUAUAUUGUAUUAUGUAUGGAAUUCCUUCUUUCAAAGAGAAAUGGAAGAGGGUUUGUUGAAUGAGUGUGCGCUAAGCAACAAAAAGCAAAAGUAAUCAACCGCAGUGUGUGAUGAGCGAAAAGGCAACAGAAGCACCAAUUGGAGCUCAACUUUGUCAAAAAGUUUGUGCAUUAAGAAAACCCUUUCUUUUUCCAUCAAACUGCCCACAUCUUUAUUGAUUUUUGAUUUCAUAGUCCCCCUUGCUCGUCAUUGUCAGUCGCGAAAUCGAAAUGGUGAUGUAAAUUGAAGGUUUGAUUGCCGAAAUCUGUAGAUAAUAAGAAAAAAUGAUGAAGGUUUCUUGUGGGUAUGUUCUCAUUUGUUCGUCUGCGGUUUGAUAAGGUUUCUUAUGCGUCGAUUUUUGUAGCUUUUGGGUUGAUUUACGGUUGAUUAUUGUGGGUUUUUGUUAAAGUUAAGGAAUCUAGGGUUUUUAAUUUGGGGAAUUUAACUUUCCAAUUCUGGGUAUACGGAUUCUCUCAAUUUGGAUGCUCAAACGCUACGUAAGUUCAAUAUCCUUUUUUUCUGAAUCGAUGCUUUUGAUUUCGGAGAUUCUUCUAUAUAUAUACACACACACUUUGCAAAUAACGAUCAAAGAUUAGAAGAGGGUUUAAUGGCUGCUUAGUGGUAUACAAAUAACAGUAGCUUAUAUAGCCAUGGAUACUGGGUUUCAGUAUGAUAGAGCUUUGAAUCAACAUGCUAUAUCCUUCCAAACAAGUGCUAUAGCCAGCACAUCGGAGAUGAUUAUGAUGGGUGAUUACUAUCUAAUGAAUAAUAGGACAGCUGGCACUAGGUUUUCUGGGAAUUCUGGUAUAGCAAACAGCAGUUCAGGGUUUACACAACCUGGGAAUUCUUGUGGUUCUGUUCUUGCUGAUUCUGUUCAAGGGUUAAAGCAUGAUGCAGGCCUGGCUGUGGAGUGGUCUGUUGAUGAACAACAUAAGUUGGAGGAAGGUCUUUCAAAAUAUGCCAACGAACCCAGUAUCAUGAGGUAUAUCAAGAUUGCUGCCACAUUGCGUGAUAAAACUGUUCGUGAUGUUGCGUUGAGGUGCAGGUGGAUGGCGAGAAAACGAAGGAAACAGGAUGAACCGAAUAUAGGGAAAAAGUUGAAAGAGAAGAAGGAUAAUUUGGUGGAAUCGUCAUCAAAGCCAAGUAUAUCAUCACUUCCAACAUUCAAUGUGGCUCCAUUUUCUGUUACCAUGAAUAAUCAGGUUCAGAUUGAUGGUAUUACUUUUGAAGCAUUAAGUGGCUCAAUAAGGCACUUACUGGAACAAAACAACCAAGUUCUUGGUCAGAUCUCGGCUAAUAUUUCUUCGAUGAAACUGCAGGACAAUAUCGACCUCUUCAGCCACAUGAAGAAUAACAUAACCGCCAUCUUAAACGACAUGAGGUAUAUGCCAGGGCCGCCAUUACCCGUGUCACUAAACGACGAUCUUGCUCAUAGUAUUUUACCUACGACAAGUCAGCAGACAAUGAUGUUUGAGGCAUCAAGCGGGAUGUAUAUGAAGCAAGAGCCAGGGUUUUGAUGUGGAGAUUUUCGACUCUUUUUCUGGUUUGGUUGCAAGUACAGAAUUAAACCUGCUGUAAAUCUAAUAGGUACCACUCGUGUGCAAAUCUGUUAGGAUCCAAUUCCGAUGAUCAAGAAAAUUUGUAGAGAUCCCAUUUUUGGAAAGCUAAUAGGUCACCCCUCACCCUCGGUUUUUGGUUUAGUACCCCCAACGGUCGUGUUAGACCUUGGUGUCGAAAUAAAGAUCUCAGUUGUAGAGAUAUCGGCUAAGUUGUUAGCAACUAUUAGGAUGACACUCUUUUCUUUUGCCUUUUGGCGAAUUAGUAAUUGUGUAUUGUAACCUUCUGGUAUUUAGUCUGGCAGAUAAGGAGACAGACAUCUUCGCAGAAUAUAGAAAUUGUAACCUUCUUUGCUUGUCCUGCUUUUCUAGUUGCAGUCUUGAAUAGAUUCAAUUGUUAGAUAUAAAUGCGUCGUGAAAUUUGGGAUCU